UAUCCUUGUCGUGCUCUAUACAGCAUGAAAAGGAGAGACCGAUGUCAAAUUUUGUUUUAUAUUUAGAGAAUCAUGUCAGAAUUGACACCACUGACAUGUUUGUAAGUUGACAUCUCAAUGACAUAAAAGGCUGACUGACAGAAAACUUCUGUUUUUGUCAUCCUCAAUAUUAUCAUUUUAUUUUUUGGUUUGUAAAAGGUUCUAAAAUGGAGAAUGAGCUGGAGGAAUUGGAACGCCCGUCGAGUGUGCGGCGCACUUUCACACUGCGCAACAGUGCCGCGCGGCAGGUGGCAGUAAACUUCAUGCCAUCACGGCAACUCUCAUUUAAUACUCUUCGUUUACGCCGCACGACCACUGAACACAAUGCCCUUUUGGAAGACGCGGUGUCUGCGCCCGACGAGGUGGACGCAGAGAAGCGCGCCGAGUUGAUAGUACGCGAAAUGGAGCAGCAUCAGCGGCUCAUGGAGAACAACCCUGAAGCUGAGGAACUGAGGAGAGAGGCUCUUCGGGACCUGCCCCAAGGUCUGACGAUGAAGAGGAACGUGCGGGCCAAACUUUCCGCUUCCGUCAGCCUGCGUUCUCGGCAGCGACCCAUCUCCUUUAUGAAGAGAAUGAAGUAUAGGAUCAGUUUCGCCUUCAAAAGGUUGCAAGACCGUUUCCGCGACCUGACAUUCUCCAUCGAACUAUGGUACGAAGCCAUCCGCAACAUUGAAGGCCACUUCGGUUCAUCAGUAGGCUCCUACUUCUACUUCUUACGUUGGCUGUUUGCGCUAGAUCUAGCUUUGUGUAUGCUACUUCUAGCGUUUGUGAUCGUGCCACAAACAUUAUAUAACUCCCAUCAGAACACAACGCUUGAAAGAAGUUUUGUUGAUCUCAUCGCUGGAAAGGGUUUGUUCGAGGAUUCGAUAUUGUUCUACGGCCACUACCAGUCGGGCGACGCGAGUGGCGCGGGUCAGCCCUACUACAUGCCGUACGCUUACUUCUUCACCAUGGUCUGCUUGUACCUCACGUUCUUCGGCGCGCUGUGUUAUAGAACGGCGUAUUCGUAUCGUCGCAACUUCAUAGAGACCGCAGGUGGUGUGAGCCAUUUGUUCGCGAACAAAGUGUUCUGCGGUUGGGACUUCAAUAUUAUUACUCCGCAAGCAGCCGCGCUUAAUGCUGCCAGCAUUUACAACGAGUUCAAGGAACUCCUCAACGAACAGAACAAGAACAGUCCAUCUGCGUCUUAUUGGACUCGCGUGAUGCGCUGCUCCACGAAUAUAGCCGUUACGACCCUAGUAUUAGGGACCAUAGCGUCGCUGGAAUACGGCCUAUGGCUACUGCUGGAUACGGAGCCGAGUCUUCCAAGAUGGGAAUUAAUAGUGUCCCUGAUAUUAUGUUCGGUUCUAGCUGUGUUACCGAUCAUAUUCGGAGUUAUAGUUAGGCUGGAGUACUACGAGCCUCGCACGGCUUUGUACGUGACGCUGGCUAGGACCUGGCUUCUGGACAUCGGCACUUUACUCUUACUCCUGGUCUACUGGUCGCAUUCCAAUCUGCCCUGCUGGGAGACGGCGCUGGGCCAGGAGACUUACCGCCUCGUGUUGUUGGAUGCACUCAUAUCUCUGUUCCUCCUGCCGCUGCUUGAGUUCUGUAGGGCUUUGGUUUAUAAAUUGAAUCCCAAAUCUUCUCCGCCGGAAUUCAACGUGGCAUACAACUCGUUGACGAUCAUAUACAACCAGACGGUGCUGUGGUUCGGCAUGAUAUUCUCGCCCUUAUUAGCGGUGGCCGUAACGCUCAAAUUCCUGCUUCUGUUCUACGUGAAACGUGAAUGUGCCAGACGCGCCUGCCAGCCUGCGAGAAAGGUAUGGCGAGCUGCGCAGACACAGACCGUAUUUUAUAUGCUGGUCACAUUGUCUCUAUUCGCUGCAUUGUUUGGACUAGGAUCUCUGUUCCUCAGGUCAUCCUCUCAUUCGUGCGGGCCGUUCCGUGCAUACGAGAACGUAUACAGCGUAGUGACUGAAGGCGUGUUGGGUUUGGCCCGACGGCCCACGUUACAACGGGCCCUCGCCUUCCUCACUCGGCCCGGGGUCAUCGGAUCUCUACUGCUCGCUCUCUGUGUGGCGGUGUAUUACAUGCGUGCUCGAGCUCGCGCGCAGCAGUCUAUGGUUCGGAUGUUGCGGCAGAUGUUGUUGCUGCAAGCCAAAGACAAGGACUUCCUUCUAGCCGCCAUAUCAAAGGUGUCCAAUGGGGAAUGGCUGUACAGCCCCAGAACUCCCACCGAGGGUCCAGACAGUCACACCUGGAAGUAUCUCCAGGAGGUAAGGAAGCCGUCCAACGCCGAAUUCCACUUCGACGCGUCCCGUCUCAGCCAUUCCUUGAUGGAAGGCAGACCCAGGUCUUUGGCCAUGGAGACCAGGACUCAGUCGUACCAUGAACGUAGGAGUAACGAUGGGGACACGGACAGCUCUUUCUCCUGGCAAGGUUCCAGUAAUUGCCUCAAUCAGGGCGAGGAAGCUAAAAAGAGAUGGUUUUAACUUUUUCAAUGCGUGUUUUGCUGAAAUCUACAAUGCAGGCGACAUAUUUUUUAAUCAUUUUCGCUCGUUUGCAAUUUGCGUCUCCGUAUCCAUUGAAACGUUACCAGAAUGGCUGUACAGCCCCAG